AUGGCUCCCAGUGACCCUGUGUCGCGCACCGAACCAUCCUCCACCGACCGUAACGUCAAGCACGUCGUACUGGGUGACCUCCUUUUCCCAACAUGGUAUCAGUCCAUCUAUCCGGAAGAUCUCGUCAGUAAAGACACAGACCGGUUGUACGUCUGUCGUUGGUGCUUCCGGUACUCGUGCGACGUCCACGCCUACGCGCAACAUACGCGACUCUGCCAACACCGGACAACACCUCCCGGAACGAAAGUCUACGAUCAUGGCGGAUACUCCGUGUGGGAGCUAGACGGUGAAUGUCACAAGCUCUACGCGCAAAACCUUUCCUUGUUCGCCAAACUCUUCCUCGAUCACAAGUCCGUCUUUUACGAUGUCGUCUCCUUCCUCUACUACCUCCUCGUCUUCACCGAUCCCAAUGACCCCGAGAAUUACUACGUCUUGGGGUUCUUCUCGAAAGAGAAACUCUCCUGGGAUGCGAACAAUCUCGCAUGCAUCCUCGUCUUCCCGCCCUACCAGCAUAAGCAGCUUGGAAAGCUGUUGAUGGGCGUGAGUUACAAGAUCAGUUCCUGGGAGAGUGAUAGUGGUCUCAUAGGCGGUCCGGAACGGCCGCUCAGUGAGAUGGGUCAUAGGAGUUAUACUCGGUUCUGGCAGGAACGAAUAGCCAGGUAUCUAUUGUUACGGGGCGGCAACCCGAAGGAAGCAGAGGCGCCGUCGGGCUCCUCCGUGCCACUGAAGCAGAAGUCUCCGAAGACGUCCAAGCGAAAACAUACCCACGAGCUCAUGACAGUGCAGGACAUUGGUCUGGCGACGGGGAUGUUGCCUGAGGAUGUUGUCACCGCUCUUCAAGGCCUGGGGGCCGUGGAGCCUGCGACGCCUGCUAAAAAGCGCCGGACAAAGGAUUCAUCUGGCGAGGCUGGAUCGGGCACAGAGGAGCCCUUGUUGAUUCGGAAGUCUAAGAUUCUUGAGUGGGCCAAGUCACAUCAUAUGGCGCUCCAAGACCCUGUUAGAGAUGAAGGUUUUCUGGGGAAAUGGGCCCCGGCUGAUUCCACUGAAGAGAGUGAGGUCGACAGUGAUGAGGUUGACGAAGAUGCUGGAUAG